UGAUUGUAGACACCUGAGCUGGGAUACAGGUCAAAACGAUGGCCAGCCUGCAGACCCCUCUCCUGGCUGCUCUCAUCCUCCUGGCUAUGACACUUCAAGCAACAGAGGCAGGCCCCUACGGUGCCAACGUGGAGGACAGCGUCUGUUGCCGGGACUACAUCCGUUACCCUCUGCCCCUGCGUUUGGUGAAAUAUUACUACUGGACUUCAAAUUCCUGCCGGAGGCCUGGCGUGGUCUUGCUGACCAUGAAGGACCGAGAGAUCUGUGCUGACCCCAAACAGCACUGGGUGAAGAAGAUUCUCCAGAAGCUGAGCCAAUGAGGCAGGCCCUGCGCUGAUGACCGUGGCCUUGGUUCCUCCAGGAAGGCUCAUGGAUCCCCACCUCCCUCCUGUUACAGCGGCUUCCUGACAUGAGCCUGUGCCAACAACUCUCUCAGUGCUGAGAGAUCUUAAUCCCUGCAGCUGUCACCCUCAGUCAAGCCUCCAGCUGUGACUCUCAUCUCCCCUCUUACCCUCCAACCCACCCUCUGCCCCACCAAAGCCAGAGGACCCACCACCCUGGUCAGUCACUCCUCCACUCCAAACCCUUCCAUGGCUCCCCAUUGCCCUCAGCUGAGGCCAGAGCUCCUGAGCCUGGCACCUCAGUCUCUAGUCCUGCCUCAUUUCCCUUCAUGCAUGUUGGAUUCCAGCUCUCUGUUCUCCCAACCCAUGUCAUACCUUUCCACUUCUGGCUCUUUUCCUGGGCUGCUCCUGACACCCAGAAUGUCCUUCCAUUUUCUGCACCUGUCUGCCCCCAUCUGUCCUCCAGGGCAUCAUCACUCACCCUAAGCAGCCAGUAAUUGAGAUUCAGUUUUUUAAAUUUCCAUGGGCUCUCUGCCUCCCUUUAACAACACUGAUCGCCAUCUGCCCAGAAUUCUUGGGACUUGGGAGCUUGUUCUCCAGCCCUCCCAGCUAGAUCAGCAUCCACACCUGAGUUACUUUGGUCUCCUGGCCUCCAGCACAAGCACAGGGGCUGGUUCAGAAUCAGAGCUCAGAAAGAGGCUGCAGACUGAGUCAGUAAAAGUAGUUUCUCUCUCCUGCUUCCCAAAGGCUCUUAUGCAUCAGCACAGAGACUUAGGAUCAUCUAGAGAAGGGCUCGGAGAAGGCAAUGGCACCCCACUCCAAUACUCUUGCCUGGGAAAUCCCAUGGGUGGAGGAGCCUGAUAGGCUACAGUCUAUG